AUGGUUAAAGCUUCCGUCGACAUGUCUCUUGAUGAUAUUAUCGCCAAGACCAGAAAAGGAAAGGGAACUAUUGGUAUGAUGAAAUAAUUUGAAAUAUUUUCGAAAAAAAUAAUUGUUUUAGGCAAGAAACCAAUUGGAGGACGCAAAAUUGGUGGUGGAACCAGAAAACCACUUCGGGGAGGAGCCGGCAGUAGAAAACCUGUUGGUGGAGCACGUGGAGGAUGGCGCGAUUUGGAUGCUCCAGGAAAUGCACAUAUUAGCAGUGGAAAUGCGAACAAAGUUAUCCGAGUAAACGUCUCAAAUCUUGCUCCAAAUGUGAUUGCAGCAGAUUUGGAUGAGCUUUUCGGUAACUUUGGACUCGAAACAUCAGUCGUCAACUACAACGAACACGGUAAAUCGAAUAUUUUAACGUUGAAAAAACCAAAAAAUGACUCAUGAAUGGUAUUUUUAUUCAUUUUUCACCAUUUUCUCAACGUGAAGCUAAAACGCACAGAAAUUCUAUUUCAAAAGCUUCUAAUCAACCUGAAAGACAAAUCAAGCCUUCAAAAUUCAUUUUUGGUAGAUUUUGUAUUUCAGGCUGAUUAGAAGCUCUUGAAAUAGCAUUUCUGUGCGUUUUAGCUUCACGUUGAGAAAAUGAUGAAAAAUGAAUAAAAAUACGAUUCGUGAAUCACUUUUUCGGUUUUUUUUAACGUUCACAGGCGAAGCUUGUUAUAAGCUAAUACGGUACUUAUUAUUAGUGAAAAAUCGAUGCAAUUUUAUAAAUCUAGCUCAAAAUUAGCAAAAGCUGCUUUAUGAUCAAUUUGAAGGUGAGAAAUAGGAAAUUACAUUCAUCUAACAAUUCUAGACUUUCAGAAAUCCCUAAUCUUCAGAACUUCAGAAAUCUGAAAUUUAGGAAUCUCUGAAAGUAUAGAAUUGUUAGAUGAAUGUAAUUUCCUAUUUCUCACUUUCAAAUUGAUCAUAAAUCAGCUUUUGCUAAUUUUGGGCUAGAUUUAGAAAAUUGCAUACCGUUUUAGCCUGUGUUAAAAAAAGCAUUUUUUUGUUUCACUGCAUCAAUUUUCUAUUUUAAAUAUAAUAUUUUUCAGGUCAAUCACUUGGAACUGGAGACAUUACGUUGAGACAACGUGAUGCUGAAAGACUUAUCAGGGAAUUUGGAGGUGUCGCACUUGACGGAAAGGUACUUCUUGUUCUUCUUCUUCCUCACUCACUCAAUUCAAAGUAUUGAUUCUGUCUGUUGUUUUUCUCAUAUGAUGAUAUGAUCAUGAUGACCGGAACGGUUGUAGUCAAUAAUCAGUGAAGCUGGUGUUCGAAACCGAAUUUUUGGCAUCAUUCCAAGUGCAUAUCACACAUAUUUCCCCCAAGACAUUAGAAACAGAACACAGAACAGAAACAGGUUUGGUUUGUUUUGCAGGUGAUGAAGUUUGCCAUUGUGAAUACAAGCAAUAUAAGCGGAAGAGUUGAUUUUGGUGGAGCGCGACGAGUUUCGGGAGGAGCUGGAAGAGCAAGAGUCAGCGGUGGACGCGCUGGUCCUCGUUUCAACAAAUCGAGUAAGUUUUGGACUUGAGCUAACUUGAGGAGAAAAUGUGGUUUUUUUGUAGAGCCAGAAGAUUUCUUACGAGAUGGAGUUCAUGCUGGAGACACGAAGAGAGGAAGAGGUGGAGCGAGAAGAGGAGGAGCGAAUGGAAAGAAGGAGCGGGGAGAGGGAAAGUGAGUUUUUUUAUGAGAUUUUCAGGUUUUUAAGGAAGUUAGUUGAAUUAUUGGAUUUUAAUCAUAUUCAUAUGAUAGAAUGGUCUAAGACGAACAGAAUGAUAUAAAUUUUGAUGAAUUUAGGUUAUCCAUAAGUGAUUUAGCGGCUUAUCGACUUUUUUUCGGUUCUGGUGCGAAAAAACAUAGUUUUCUAGGUCCUUGAGCUCAAAAAUCGCCAAAAUUAACUUCAGGACUUCAAAAUUCGUCCAAAUUCUGUUCAAAACCUAGAAAAUCCCACAUUUCCGCUCCAGGACCUAGAAAAUCAUAGUUUUACGCUUAAGGACUUCAAAAAUCGUUCAAAUUUUGUUAAGAACCUCAGAAACCGUGAAAAUUAUCUUCCCAAAUUCCAAAUCCCCUCAAAUUUCCUCCCAAAAUCGACUAAACAUCGCUAAAUCACUUAUGGAUAACGUAAACUCAUCAAAAUUUAUAUCAUUCUGUUCGUCUUAGACCAUUCUAUCCUAUGAAUAACAUUAAAAUCCAAUAUUUCAACUCAAUUGCUUUAGUAGAUGUCUAAAGUUGCAUAGAUCAACUCUUAAAAUGUGUUAUUUUUGUAAGUGGCAAAGUCGAAAAUUUAAGUGGCAAAGUCGAAAAUUUAGCAUUGGCUUGUUCAGGAGGUUCAAAACUACUUAUGGGGCUAUUCAACGAAAAAAGUUUCAACACAAAAAUUGCGACGAGACCCAACGAAAAACAGCAUGUACCUUUAAGUUACUGGAAAUUCGCAGCGAGAGCAAUUUCCAGAAUCUUAAAGGGACAUGCUGUUUUUCGGUCGGGUCUCGUGACAAUUUUUGUGUUGAAACUGUUUGAUUUUCAUGUUUUCUUCGCUGAGAAAUUUUUUUUUCGUUGAAUAGCCCCAUAAGUAGUUUUGAACCUUCUGAACAAGCCAAUGUUAUCAGAUUUGAAUGAAAAUCGCUAGUUCUGACCUCCCAAAUUUUCGACUUUGCCACUCACGAAAGUAACUCAUUUUAGGAGUUGAGCUAUGUAGUUUUAGAGUGAAAAACUGCUAGAAAACCUAGAUUUUAUUAAAAUCUGGUUAAAUUUUUCACGAAGAAAUUCAUAUCCAAUGUUUUUUCCAGAUCCAAGAAGACUGAAGCAGAACUCGAUGCCGAACUUGAAGCCUACAUGUCUAAGCGUAAAGUCUAA